UCAUCUUAACAACAGCGACAAAAAAUUGCUUUACGACAAUCCCGAAAAAUCAUCAUGAAAUGAGGAAAAGGAGCAGAUUUCGUGGCCAAAUCCACUUGAUUUGGCCGAAAACUUUACGGUCGAAGGUUCAGUUACUCAUGUUUGUUUUCUGAAAUUAUCAUAGACACGUCUAACGUGCGAGAAAUAUGGAAAGUUUCCAAUUAUCGACGGAUUUGACGGCGACUCGUACAAAUGCAAACCCGAAUUCCACGGAUGUUGCUGCAGGGGCUAGCGUGUAUAGCGUACGUACAGGUACGGGACCGGGCAGGCCUUUGCCUUCACGAACAACGACACUCAUGACACUUGGCGAUCGUGAUCAGCUAUUUAACAUCAAUCCAAUUCCAAGAUUCACUGAAUUACCCACACAGACCACUUUGGACGGAAAUAACAUGGAGAAGCUGAAGAAACUCGAUACAGAUUGUGAGGAGUCUGUGUCAAAAAGACUAGAGGCAUCUCUGAGUCCUGAUUCAAAGCAGAAGAUAGAGAGCCUAUUGGCUGACAUCAGGAAACUUGAUGACAAGCAGAAGUUAUUGCUUUAUUUACAGCUUCCUUCAGGUACCCCUGAGCAGGACAUUCACAAAAGCACAUCGCCAAUGAUGAGUAGUUGCAGAGUUGACCAGAUGACUGCUUUAAACUGGGUUCGGAGUCACAUUGAAGAGAGUCCUGAUACAUCCCUCCCUAAGCAGGAAGUCUAUGAGGAAUACAAGACAUUCUGUGAGAAUGCCUACCAACGGCCUUUAAGCACCGCAGACUUUGGGAAGAUAAUCAAGGGAGUGUUUCCUGCUGUUCAAGCAAGACGUCUUGGCACCAGAGGCAACUCAAGAUAUUGCUAUAGUGGUAUGAGAAAGAAACUUGAACUGACAUCUCCAUCACUCCCUCUGCUAGAUGCUCCUGUUGUUAAUCGAGGGGUGGAUUGUCUAUACACAACAUGCCCAGGCUGUCCUAAGUCCUUGCUUCAAGGAGAGGAUGAUCAUCUGCAGAAGGCUGCAUCACAGGUCAUUUGUGAAUGGGCAUCAGGGAUCACCAACAAGACCUUCAACAACAGCCUGCAGGUAGCACAGCAUCUGACAAAUAAUAACUUGGUAACCAAGUGUUCCAAGUCCAUCCUCAUUGUCCAAAAGCACAUGGGUGAAGUUCCUAGAUCUGAUCUUACACCAGAGAUGAGACAUCGAGAGACCAACUUCCACUUGAAGCAGACACUGCAGUACCGUCAAGAAAUCCGCAAAAAACAGGCAGAGGAGAACCAACAGAAACAGCAUUCAAGUCCAAUUGUCAGGAAACACUUCUCUACUGAGGAAAACAUCUCCUCGCAAGCCACAUGCACGGACAAGGCUACGCAAUUAGAACAGAGAGAUAUGCCAGCUUUGACAGAAAGCUCAGCUGGAAACUCCUUAACAUCGUCGGAGAGUGGUGAGAGCAGUACUAAUCUGGAGAAUAAUUUGUCUUCAAGUAAUGCUGUUGGGGAAGGUGCCAAUACUGCAUCCAAAGAAAGCCCAAGCAAGAGACGCUUUGCUCCAAUACAACCAAAGACACCGGUCCGAGACACCGGUGCACCAAUGGUACUAAUAAAUCCAUCAGCUAAGAAUGUGAAUGGACAGCCAAUGCAACUUGUUUUCAUGAACGGACAGAAAGUCAUUCCUGUGCAGGGUAUAUCGAAACUUACAAAUCCUCAGCAAAUGAAUGUGUUGUUGCAGCCUGGACAGAAUGUAUUUCAGAGUUCUGUUCAGCCUGUUCCAGCUGUGAAUAAUCAAACACCUGUUAAUGUUGUAAAUAGUCCAGUAGUAGGCAAUGCCAUCCUUGGCAGUCCAGUUUUACCAGCAAAUAGUAUUCAGAGUUCAAUCAAGAGUGGACAAUAUGUUGUUGUAGGAAAUACAAUUAGACAAUUGCCUAGAGGUCUCCAGACUGUCAGUAAUGCAAAUUCUGCAAUAAUUCCAAAUCAGGGAGAGCCUGUUGCUGCCAACCAGGUCGCAGUGUUAGCUCAACCCACUCCUCAACCGCAUGUUGUGGUGUCUGGCAGCAGUGUUACUUGUCAGAAGACUGGCCUGUCAUCUCAGGGAAUUUUAUUUAACACGGGUACCAGCAGCGGGAGAUCGCACAACUUCUUAGACAGGACUGCACCAGCUUCAGCACCAACAUUGACCAGUCCUGUCAACAUGACGACACAAGCAUCACAGCUUGCUUCCCCAGCUAACAUCAUUGUUCGGAGUGCACAGUCACAGUCGGUCGCUACAAGCGAUAGCUCAAUGUUGAAAACAUCUUUAACAUAUGCAACCCACCCAAUGAAAAUACCUCCUGUAGCUGUGAUAGGUUCCGAUGCAUUCCAGGGUGAUCAAAUCUUUUCUAGUGCAUCUCAGAGUGACGUUGAGCCAAAUUUGAUGACUCCCUCUCAUGCUGCUGUAAUUAAUUCAACACUUUUUACCAACAAGCUAGAGAAAGUUACUUCACCAGGAAGAAUUUCUAAAACUUGCAGUGCUAUUCAUUCAGACGUGGGAGGUGGUUUCGGAAGCUCCAAGGGUGGUGUCUUGCACAGCGCUGGAAGCAAGACUGUUGCAAGCUUACUGAAAAGUGCUCAGGCAAGCUCAUCAUUAGCAUCUUCAGUUGCAUUGUCAAAGUUGUCUGUACCCAGUGUUGACCCCUCAACAAAUUUGGUAUUGGCACAAGUCCAGAAUCUAUCAAGGAAACCGGAUGGGAGUAAUCUGCAGCAUUAUGUGAUUCAAGCAGCAACAGAUGAAGAUGUUCCUCUAGCUAGUGAGAGUACUUCCAUGGCACCAGGAGGCACUUACCCAAUUAUCAUGAACUCUCAGAAGCUUUCAUCUGUGCCACAAGGAUCCACCCUGACAGACAUUCUCACUGAUCAUGGGAAUAUUAAAAAACAGGCAAACAAAAGUGGUUUGACUCUUCAAACUCUCACAGUGGAAGAUGCUAAUGUACUGAACCAGCUGGCGACACAACCAUCUGUGUCACUGUUGACUGACAAGGAUCAGAGUAACAGCACAAUGCUGAUGGUUUCAGGCAUGUCUGCUGCCACCAUGCUUCCACAUAAAUCCAAGUCCCACAACACACAGCUAAUACAGCAGUUACAACAGUCUACGCUUGCUGUUCGAACAAGUCAACCCCAGCAAACCAAUGUCACUUUAUCCUUGCCAUCGACAAAGCAUAUAAAGGUGCAACAUUUGGCGCAGAUUCCAUCAUCACAGCCAAAGAUUCUUGAGAGGUUGUUAGCCUCGGAUAAUCAGUCAUAUAUCAACCCACUUCAGAAUGAGAUACGUAGUGCACGAUCCGUACCAACUACUCCAAUAGCAGAGUUACGAUCUCCACCACCACACAUGAUGAUGCGGGCCCAGAGUGCAGCUAUUCCUGUGCAACAAGGGGUAGACAGCGUACCACCUAGUCCUGUUGAUGGGAACUCAUUUGCAUUCACUCCAAUAAACAUAAUCGAGCUUGACGGUGGAGAAAGUCCUCAUAAACCAAAGCAUAAACCCAAACCCACCCAUCCUACUGUGAGGAGUGCACUAUCAGCUUCUACCAGCAGCGAUGCGCAAGAAGGUAAAAAUAAAGGUAAACGUUCUCAGCAAUCUGAGUUUUUGACGCCUAACCGCAAACGUCGUCUCUCAAGUAAUUCAAAGAGGGUCGCUGCUGCAAGCCCAAGUGCUGUUCAGCCACAGAAUCAGGUCUAUCAGAGUGUAACAUUACCAUCCCCAAGUCACGUUGCCAAACAGCAACCUAGGUAUUAUAUGAAAACCAAUCAACAUGAAGUUACUCAGGGUUCUAAUGUUGACAUUAGAGGCUCUUCUCAAUACUGUAGAGGAAGCGUACAGAACCAGCAGGCUAUGUUCAUCAGAAGGCGGAAUCCUUCUGGCCCUUCUUGUUCUAGUUUCAAUAUGCAGAUGUCCGGAGAUGCAGACACAGAACUGUUAAACCUCAUGAACAAUGUUAAUCCCGACAACUUACAAGCUAUGUUGAAUAAGAAGGCUUUACAGAACCGCAGUCAGUCUGUACCUUUACCAGAGCAACCUUUGAAUCGUUUUCCCAAGUUCCAGCUCCCGACGCAGCCAGAACUUACUACCAGUCAGAACCCAGUGUUAAGCAAUCAGGUGCACAUCAUACCUGUGGAUUUAGGAGACACAGUGAGGCAGCUUCAGCCUUCCAGUGGCUUCACUGCUAAACGCAAUCUCACUCAAGAUCUGCUGAACCUAGAAGUGACGGAAGAAGAUUUUGCUCCUGAAGCCCUCUUGAAUACUGAAAUCAACUCGGGACCUAAUCUUCAACCAAGUCAGAAUCUCGGCGAAACCACCUGGUCCGGUGAACAAGUUGAAGCCUCGGUGGCAUCUGAUUCUAAUGUCAACUCCCAGCUAACUGACUUUCAAAUGAUUGCUGAUCAACAGAAUGGGAAUUCUGCUCACGAAACUCUUCUCCCUAAUCAGACAUUUAAUGAUGCAUCUAAUAGCACAUCUUCAUCCAUUAGUGAUGGCAUGAUUAUGGAAGAGUUCUCCGAUAAAAUGUUUCAAGAUAUUGAAGAUCAGAACUUUGAUCUGCCUCAAACUCCUUGGCAAAUGGGCACGAGUGGUACCUCUAUGUCAACACUAGAGUGUGGUAUGUAAUUUUAUGUGUAAAUAUCUUUGUUUGAUUGAGUGUUUCUUCAGUAAAGGUACCACUAGUGUCAGAGUUUAGCCAAUAUUUCAUUAAUAUUUUACCAUUCUAAUUAUAAUGUGAAUAGGAGUAUCAUGCAAUUGUGUUCUUUAAAAAAUGACUGAGAAUAUAAAAGUAAGGUAAUUUUCAUAUCUUUUUAAACCUGGUUAUUCAAAGCAUUACGGUUGUUAUGCCGUACAUCUCUUUUUCCAGUAUAAAUCAAAUUCUAUCAGAUGGAUCAACUUUGAUCAUGUAUGCAUAUGGGAAGAAGGAAGAUCUGGGCCCCGUCUUACAAAGAGUUACGAUUGAUCAAAUCAACCCUAACUAUGGAAAGACAUCAACAUCUAAAAUGCAUGUUUGUUCAAAUCGUUUUCUAAAUAUGAUGUAUAUUCAUGCAUUCAUUGUUUUCUUGACAAUUUAGUUUGCUCCUCAUUGUUUACAAGAGGAUAUUGUGCAAAUUUCAUUUAUGAAAUAUUAUGGCUUUGAUGGAUUUCGAUAGAGUCGAGUUUGAUCAGAUCAAUCACAACUUUUUGUAAUAUGGGACCCUGAAUUGUUUUGGGCACAUUGGGAAGAAAGAAACAGAGGUCAUCAUCAUCAUAUGAAUUAUUUGUUCUCACAAUAUAAACUAAAGGAAUGUUUUCAGACGUUUCAACCAUUCUGAAUAAGGAGGAAAGAAUCUUAAUUUUGAUCAUUCAGAGCUCUUGUUUGGAUAGGAUUUUCCUAUUUUUUAAUUUGCUUUACUUUGCACUCCUAUUGGAAAAAAAAAUUCCCCUAUUUUUUAGCAAAAGCAUCCGUAUCUCUCUGUCAGAAAGGUUGAAGGGCUGCAUAUGAUGGAUCAUUUUCUAACGAGAAUCAUCUAUGCAUAUUGGAGUGAUGAUGAUCUAAUGAAAGCUAGGUCGUGGGGUCAGAGGUCAUGUUCCUGCAAAUAAUAGAUAACAUUCAAGAAUCAACUUUAAAAUUUGCACAUGUAUGCAUAAUGGAUUGAAAAUGAUCAGGGCUCUGUAACACAAAGGUUUGCGAUGAACUGCAAAUAGGAAAGAACUGCACUGAUUGGUCCCUGGUCAGUAUUUUAAACCUAAUGCGCAUAUAACAUUGAUAUUGAUUGGUCAGUUCAUUUAGCGAUUGAUCGCUAAUCUUUGUGUUAUGGGGGCACAUGGUCAAAAUGGCAUACCAGUAAGAAUAAAAAUGUUAAUAGUAACAUGAAUUGAUGCACGAAUCUUUAGACAUUUAGUGAAAAUUAAUUAAUUUUUUAGGUUAUUCAUUUAGUUUCUAAUCAUGUCAGAAUCAUGGCCUCAGCUCAUAAACUCGGAGGGCCUUUUGAGACAUUUGUUCAACACCAGUUAGAAUGGCAUUCUCCUAUUUCAUCUUACCAUGAAUCUAUACAUCAUAGCUCAGAGUGGACUAUGACAUGCACUGCAUCUGGCUUUGGUAAGGCAGGGGAUGGAGGGGGAUUUUGCAUGUAUGGUGCUCCUAUUAACACAUCAUUGUCUUUUGUUAAGCUAGGUUACGAUGGGAUGGUCCUCGAAGUGUGUUCGAUCACUUUUAUAUUUAUAGUGUUUUAACCCUAGUUACUGCAGACUUUUUGUUUUACCAUAAUGAUAUGGUGAGACAUUGGUCUUUAUUUUCAUGGAAAAAUGAAAGUGGCAUAGUUUUGCUCUUUCAAUAUACAUGUAUGGCUGAUGUAUACAGAUGCUUUGCCCUAAAAGAUGUACCCUGGGCUGAAAAUAAAUUAUAUCUGAUUAAAAAGAGUAAAGUUCAGCGAUCAAAACACUGAAAAAUUCCAUCCAAAUCUGAAAAUAAAAUUAUCGAAUUAUGAAACAAAGCAAUAUAUUGUGACGCACCUUCAUGACUAUGCAUGCAAUAGAUUGGCUGAUGAUGUCAUGUCCCCACUUUUUAUUUUCUUAUGUUAUUACAUAAAAUCGUAAUUUCAUAUUUUCAUACAUGUGUGUAUGAUAUGUCUCCCUUACACAUUUUAUAGUCAUCCAAUUUUUGUCUUGCCUGCAUAGCAGAGCAAGACUAUAGGCGCAACUUUUCCGACAGCGGCGGCGGCGUCAACAUUGAAAUCUUAACCAAGGUUAAUUUUUUUAAAUGUCAUAACUUAGAAAGUAUAUAGACCUAGUUCAUGAAACUUAGACAUAAGGGUAAUGGUGUAUCACUGAAGAUCCUGCCCGAGUUUCAGGUCAUAUGACAAUGGUCACAUAGGGUCAACGAACUUUGGCCAUGUUGGGGUAUUUGUGGAUUUGUCAUCAUAACUUACAAAUUUUUAAGGAUCUUGUUCAUGAAACUUGGACAUAAGAGCAAUCAAGUAUCCCUAAACAUCCAGUGCGAGAUUCAGGUUACAUGACCAAGGUCAAAGGUCAUUUAGGGUUAACGAACUUUGGUAAUGUCAAGGGUAUUUGUGGAAUUGUCAUCAUAACUUUAAAUGGAUCUAGUUCAUGAAACUUGAACAUGAGAGCAGCCGUGUAUCCCUGAAUAUAAUCUGCUUGUUUCAGGUCACAUGACCAAGAUCAAAGGUCAUUUAAGGUCAAUUAACUUUGGCCGUGUUGGGGUUAUUUGUUGAAUUGGCAUCAUGACUUUUUUAUUAUCAUAUGAAUGUUUUCUUUUGUGAAUGAUUAUUCAGUAGCUGUUUUCAAAGUCAGCACUGCUGCUAUAUCAAAUCGCGUACUGAAGUUGAGACUGCCAGAGGCCUUCCACUUGUUUCAUUCUUGGAGGACAAAAUUUGAAUAAAUAUGAUUUCAUAUAAUGAAAUACAACAGAAUAAGUGGGGAUUUGAUAUCAUUUUACUUUAUCUGUUAAAAUCAUGUUAUUUUUGGCCUAGAAUACUCCUUUUAUGUCAAAGCAUAUUUUCCCAGACCAAUCUUGCCAAUUAUCAAUGCAUUCGUAUAAUAGUAAUAGUUAGUUCUAUACCCCAGUUGAUGAUAAUUAUUCUUCAUGAUAGAUGAUGAUGAAUUUGAAAGGAUGUUGUAAUAUAUUACAAGUAAAUGAAUGAAAUAAGAACGAAAUUCACUACAUUGCAACAAACAAAAGUCCCCCCCCC